AUGCUCCAACAAAUUUUAACUUGGACAAAUGCUAAGAUUUCUAAACACAAAAUGAUGUUUGCUCGUCAGGACAGACCUGAAUUGAAUAAUUUGGACAUGGUUGAACUGAAAGCUUUUAUUAGACUGCUAUUUUACACAGCUGUUUUGAAAUCAAGCAAGGAAAACUCACAUUAUUUGUUCGCUUCAGAUGGCACAGGUUGUGAAAUAUUUAGAUGCGCAAGGUCAGAAACAAGAUUUCUAAUCUUGCUCUUAUGUCAUCGAUUCGAUAAUCCAUAUGAUCGCAAUGAAAGAAUAAAGACUGACAAACUGGCUGCUAUAUCGCCAAUUUUCGACAAGUUCGUGAGUAACUCUCAACAACUAUAUAAAUUGAGCGAAUGUGUUACUGUGGAUGAAAUUCUCGCAAAUUUCGGGGAAGGAGUCACAUGA